CAACGAGUUCCCUGUUCAAAUAAUUUCGGACCUUAAGGUUUCAGUAAUGCUCCUGUCCUGGGCGUGAUUCAUUAGUAUUAAUAAUGAGAGUCUUCAUAGGCGCAAUAUUAUUGUUGUGUAUAAACCUCCGCAUUAUCACAUGCAACUCAGACGUAGAUGAUUCACCUACAAGAACUACGCUACAGUUACGUGAUAGUGUGGAGUUUUCCUACUCUAUAUCCAACUAUUUUUUGGAUCUUAUUCGUGGUGAGAAGCCACCAACAGCUGUCUUUGAAACCUUUGUCAAUAUUCAUACUUCUCCUCGUCCAAGACUUACGUACAGAAGUAUUGAACCAGUUGUAACGACAUAUUUUGGAUAUGGCAUAUGUCUUGUUAUCGGUUUUCUAUUCGCCAUUUUGAUGCCGAUUGUUGGAAUCAUUUUCUGCUGUGCUCGAUGCUGCGGAAAAUGUGGGGGACGUGUACAGUUUGUAGAUUCAAAACACGAUCCUUGCAGACGAGUUGUAUACACAGUGUGCCUGGUUUUAAUUGUGACUUUCCAAUUGGCUGCUGUUGUUUUGGUUAUCAUUAAUCACUACUUAUUCCAUCAAGCUUUGGUCAGCAGAGAUCCACGCAUAGGAGCUGUCAGCCAAAUUAAUCUUAGCCUUGUUGAAUUUGAAGCGGCUCUGAAAGAUAUGUUACAGAUGGCAAAGAAUACGUCUUCAACAGAUCUUAGUGAACAGAAAGAACGGUUUGUGAGAAUUGUUGAUGAUGGUCUUGUGGAUUUCCAAGAAGAUUUUGUUAAACUGUCUCAAGCGGAUGAUGUAUCUGAUGUAAUUUCAAACCUUCAAACAACUGCACGAAGUUUCCUUCCUGGAUCUGAGGCGAUCGCAAAACUCAAUCACUUUAACCAUUCACUCCACGAAAUAAUCGCUGAAUUACCUACCAUUCGUGAGGGUUUAAUUUCUACCCUGAAUACAGGUUGUCACAUUGAUAAGAUUGUGGAAUGCAGAGAAUUAAUGAAAUUAGUCGAUGACCAGUUAAAAGUUCGUGUUUCACCAAGCAUGUUUCAAAUAGAUGAAGCGAUCUCUAUUUCCAGUUCAAUUCAACGUCACGUUGUUGAUAUAGAUUCUCUUAAUGAGUUUAAUGAAACUGUCAAUAAUCUGGCUGUAAUUGUUAAACGUUCCAUCAAUGAUGAUCUGGAUCGUGCCUGGAAUGAUUUAGCCCAGUCUCCAGAGACACGGAAAAAAUUGGCUAGUGUAUUCGAAGGUAUUGUGGCUAAUGCGAGCACUACUUUAAAAUUUGCACGUGAUCUUAUUUCACUGGAUAAUAAUGAAGAAAUAAAUAGUUAUCAUUCACGAGCUGUCGAGUAUCUGUUAUAUGGAGGGAUGGCUUUGCUAUGCAUCCCCAUUUUAAUUUUCCUGUUAUUAUACCUUGGACUAUGUUUCGGUACUUGUGGUGAUCGUCCAUAUGAAGAAGCUGGUUUGUGUAAUCGAGGCGUUGGAGCCAAUUUGUUGCUUGCCGGUGUAGGAUUCAUGUUUCUUUCCUCGACUAUUUUGAUGGUCUCCUGCAUAGUACCUUUCCUUGUUGGUGGACCUUUGCAAACUGAAGUCUGUCGAUAUCUGACUGGUCGCUAUCCAGAUGGUCCCCGAAAGAUGGAUCAAUACGUUUUCGAGAGUUUAAAGUCAGCUCUUGCAGUCAUCGAUGGAUUACCAAUGAACUCAUCCAAAUCUAGAACAGCUCGGCUUAACGAAGGUGAACUGGAAUCCAUCAAAUCAACUUUAGAUAUUAUUCGUUUUAAUCUGUCAGAUACCAUUUUGACUCGAUGUGAGAACGAACCAUUCGUAAAAGCGAUCAGUACCGGAGAGUUUGUUUGGCCUGUACUAAAUGAUGCAAUUGACGAAAUUCUACAAGGUCUCAUUGAGUCAGUUAGGAAAGCUGACAUAGUGUCUCCACUUGAAAAUACUAUCCAGACGUGUUUAGCAGCUUUGGAACGUACUAAAUUUCUUUCAGCUGUAAAUUUCCAGAAGGCUAUCAAUGAAGCCAAUACUCCAUUAACUUUAAUUGAUAAUCUCGAUGAAUUUGUGUCUAGAUUGAAGGCUUUAAAUAUGAACUCAUUAAACACACAUAUUGAAGCCCUUAUGAGUGGACCUGUACAGUUAGAUGCUACUCGUGGUAACAUUUACACCUUGUUUAUGAGAUUCAAUAGUUUACCGGAUCAAAUGAUGCAUUCAAUUACCCAGUUGAAUAAUUACAAUGAAAAGUUAUCAACUUCUGUCUAUUCUUCUAUGGAUCGUGGUCUUAUCAAGCUUCGUCCACUUUUCAUUAAAGAAUUACAAUUAGCUAUUAUAGCCACUUGGCAUGAUAUUCCGUGUCGGUCACUUCAUUUUGCUGCAAAACGUGGAGUUAAUUCAGUUUGUUAUACAUUUUUAAUGCCAUUUAAUGCAUUUUGGACUGGAUUAGGAUUUACACUACUUCUUUUCAUUCCUGCUAUUAUUUUCGCCGUUAAACUAGCUGGUUUAUAUCGUAAAACAGAGAAAUACAGUCGUGAUUAUGAAGAACCGGAUUACAUAUCAUAUCAUGGCUUCUAUAUGAGACCACCAACAGACUAUCAAGACAAUUCACAGAAACUCCGAAACAAAUCUCGUAAACAUAAAGUUGAUAAAGAAAAUUCUGAGCCUAAAGAGUCUGUAGAUAACACUGCACGUAUGUUUUCACGUUAA